GGGAAAGUAGAUGAGAGGGAGAUGGAAAGAGGGGAACUGAGAGAGUCAGGAGAGGAGAAGGGAGCUAAAGGAAAAGGAGGACAGCUCAGCAAAUCAGUCUAGUAGCAUUCCUCUCACAGCUGCAGUGAUUCAGGCUGGGAGGGGAAGUUUACCUCAGCCACCAGGAGGAAGAAAAAAAUAACAUUGCGUUAAUUUGUUUUUUCUCUGGGAUAAGAAGUCAGAGGACUCUCUGAAGAGGGAAGGGAAGAAAAAGAGAGAGGAAUAAGAGAGAGCGUCUGCAGCCUCUGAGCGUCCUGCAGGGGAAGAUGGAUUCAGACUCCGGAGAGCAGAGUGACGGAGACCUCUCUCCAGGACAGGAGAGCUUUAACUCUCGCUCCCUGGCACUGCAGGCCCAGAAAAAGAUCCUGAGCAAGAUGGCGACCAUGGUGGUGGCCAACAUGCUGACAGACGACACCAGCAGCGAGAUCUUGGACGAGCUCUACAAGACGAGCCGAGAGUUCACCAAGAGCAAGAAGGAGGCUCACAAGAUCAUCAAGGACGUCAUCAAGAUCGCCCUGAAGAUCGGCAUCUUGUACCGUAACCACCAGUUCAGCUCAGACGAGCUGGACACGGUGGAGCGCUUCAAGAAGAAGAUGAACCAGGCGGCCAUGACUGCAGUGUCGUUCUAUGAGGUGGAGUACACCUUCGACAGGAAUAUUCUGUCAGAGCUCCUGCUGGAGUGCAGGGACCUGCUUCACGCCCUGGUCGAGCAGCAUCUGACCGCGAGAUCACACGCACGCAUCGACCACGUUUUCAACCAUUUUGCCCAUGGUGAGUUCCUAGCUGAUCUGUACGGGGACGGAGAGGACUAUAGACUCUCUCUAAGAAAGAUCUGCAAUGGCAUCAACAAACUGCUGGAUGAAGGAACGCUUUAACCUCCCACCGCUGACCUCUUUCACCUCAAGAUCUUUCUCAUCUAGCCAGUCUCUCCUGUUGCCUACAUCUAUUUCCUUUUCACUUGCUCACCCGUGACUGUUCAUAUCCUCUACCUUCUUUCUGCUCUUGUCUUCCUGUUUCUUUUUCAUCCAUGAAGCAAGUUGUAAUAUCCUGCUGCUGUGGUUCAGUGUGGGAAUCUUUCAGACUGUCUUUCCACUCAGUAGAUCAUUGCAGCACACUUGGACAGCCUGUAUCAUAUCGUAUACAUUAAAGCAUUCCAAGUCAUCCUCUUUGUGUGCAAAAGUGUACUGUACCAUUGGCCAAAAAGCAUUUGUAAAGUAUAUUUGGUAAUGAAAGAUAAUCAGUAGUAGUGAUCAGCAUCUUUGUCUGUAUGUGUCUGUGCACUUGUUUGUAUGGGAAUCGCUUGAAUAUGUGCGUGUUUGUAUAUAAGAACAACAAUGACAUGGUGUGUAUUAUGUAUCUGUGUCAAUCUUCUCUACAAGGGUGUAACAGUUGUCUUUUAUUAAAGAUUUCUUGAAGACA